GAUUACCAAUUACAUCAACAUUAAAUGAAAUUAGAAAAGCAUUCAAAAAACAAGCUCGAUCAGAACAUCCUGAUAAAAAUUUUAAUAAUCUAGAAGCAACUGUUAACUUUCAAAAGUUAAAUGAAGCAUAUAAUAUUUUAGUUAAACGAAAAGAAGAUGAAGUAAAAUUAGUUACUGAAGAAGAAAAAUCUAAUUUAUUAAUAGAUGCUGCUACUAACAGUGAUCUAAAAAAAGUUAAUAAAUUAAUAUUAAAAGGUGCUAAUGUAAAUCCUGAAAAUAAAGAUGGCAAUACAGUUUUACAUAUGGCUGUAGAAAUGAAGAAUUUAGAAUUGAUUGAGAAGGGCGUUGAUUACAAUAAUGAAAAACAUAAAACCAAUAUCACAAUUAAUAAAGAACAAGAAUUAGAAAAACUAAAAGAAAAACCCAUUACUGCAAUAAAAACGACACCACAUAAUGGCACUUUGACAAAAACAAUUACCAACGAACCAAAAAAUAAUAAAGAGCAAACUAUUUCCAGUGAAGAUGAUAUUUCUCUUGAAUGGGAUGAUAAAUAUGAUAACUUUUUGUUUGAAUCAAAAACUAAAAAUAACCCUACAAACCAUGCAACUACACCAAAUGAAAAUUAUGAAAGUAUGAAAAAAAUUAUUGAAGAAUUAGAAAACAGAUUGAAUGAAAAGAAUAAACUCAUAGAACAAUUACAACAAGAAAGUGCUCAACUUAAUAUUGAAAAUAAAAAUUUAGAAAGUAAAAUCAAGAAAUUAGAAGAUACAGUUAUUAAAAAUAGGCAGUUAAUAGAACGAUUACAACAAAAUAAUAAAAAUUCUGGAUUUGAUAGUAACUCAAAUAUAGAUAAUAAAAUUAAAACUGGUGUCACUAUUGAUAGUAAACAAGAUUGA